AUGCCCGCGACGGCCACCACCUUUCUGGACAGCCCACUGCUGAAAGUCAGCCGGCCCGUCGCCGCCUGCUCGCGCUGUCGCACCGCCAAAAUCAAGUGCGACGGCAAGCUCCCCGCCUGUUCGGCAUGUGACAAGGUCGGCAAGGCCAGCACCUGCUCUGGCGCCAGCGACGAGUUUGCCAAGGGCAAGGAACGGAGCUAUGUCGCCUCGCUCGAGGGCUAUUGUGAGAAGCUCGAGAAAAAGAUCGCCCAGCUCCGGAACCGCCAGAGCUCGCUGUCGGUCGAGGGCAAUGGCAUCGCGCGGGAAAUGUCCAUCACCUCGCCCGCCUCAGAUGGACCGGUCGGUCCAGCCCAUCGUCGGGAGGUCUCUGAUAUUGAUGAUCUCGUUGGUGACUUCGGCUUCUUGUCCGUCAAUGCGACCUCACGCGACUUCCAUGGCAUCACAUCCAAAACCACCUUUGCGAACCUGCUGCUCGCGGUCGCGACGGUGGGAUAUCCACCACCACUUGUCCUCAACUCUCUGCCUGCGCGGCAUGAGGCCACGCCGCUUUUGCAGUACUACUUUGACAACGUCUUUGUGCAAUUGCCCUUCUUCAUCGAAACCAGCUUCUGGACCUCGGUAGAUGCGGUCUAUCAGUCCGGUGGUCGUUUUGCCAAACCCUUUGACCACUGGACUGUCCGCAUGGUUCUGGCGAUUGCCUCCGCAUCGGUCUCCUAUCGAAACAAUGAUAAAAGUCACCAGCGAGCCCUGGGGCUGGUAUCGGAGGCGUUGACCUAUGCCGAAGAUGUCCUGCGCCCGGGCUCUAUCACGUGCAUCCAGGCAAUCCUGCUUCUGGCUCAGUAUGCGCUGGUGGAUCCAGGCCGGCUUCGUAGCUGGUACCUGGUGGGCAUGGCCGUGAGGGUUGCGGUCGACCUGGGUCUUCACCAAGACCCUCCCGCAGAAGUGCUAUCCAAUCCCGACCGUCUCGACGUUCGACGGCGUGUAUUCCACUGCCUCUACUGUCUGGACCGAGGAAUGAGUACUGCGCUCCACUACACGUUCUCCUUCUCCGAUGCUUCCGUGAACGUCACCUUACCCACCACCAGCGCAUCGACCUCGACCACAGAGCAAAGUCAUAUCUUCUUGCGAAGCCCUAUCCCGGCCCUGCAUAUCGUCAAGAUCCGCAACAUCCUAUCAACGGGCUACCAGGACAUGUAUUACAGCGCGCGUGAACCUGCCCCCCAACCCCUCGUCCAAAUAUGGACGCUCUGCUUCCGAGCCCGCGAGUGGUUCCAUGAAUGCCCCAAGAACGCCCCCAGCCACUUCUCCCUCCUGUACCGCCUCGAACUCCUCUAUACCAACAUUAUCCUCUUGUCGCCCUCGAACCGAUACCCCCUCCUCUGCGAUUAUAACAAAGCCCUCCUCUUCGACCGCUGCAUGGACUACAUCAGCCAGAUUCACCAAGUGCUGGAGAAUCCGAGCGUCCUGCCCUUCCUCACCUUCUUGGAUAUCUCCCGCGUCCAACAAGUGGGCCGCCGUUUUGUCGAGGUUCUGAUCGAGAACUUUGAGUUCCUCCUCAGCCCCACCCUCCCGAGUCCCCCUCCCGUUCCACCCGGCACCCCCGACCCGCCCAUCCUGGCCGAGGAAGACCGGAUCAACUGUCGCCCCCGCGCGAUCCGCUGUCUCACCUAUGUGCGAGAACUCCUCCAGUACUCCGCGCGGAAAUGGGAUCUUCGAGCGCCGCUGGACGAAUUUGAGCGGGACUCUGCGCCACUCGCGAAGAUGCUCCGCGCCGCCUCGGCGGGCUAUGUAACACAUCAGGGGGCGUACUCCCAGGCACCGCUGGCGGGCAAUGGGUAUUCGGGAUAUCACUUAGGAUAA